GAAAAAAAUAUGGUUGGAUCCAUAUCGCUCGAGCGUUUGAAAUGCAUACAGCGUUUUUACACAAUGAAUUAAGCAAAAUUAAGACGACGAUUAGCCGAAAAACACUGGAGUUAAAAUGGACCUUCCGAAACCUCCAGAAGACCCAGAACUGAAAAAUAUUAUAGAUAAACUUGCUAACUUUGUGGCAAGAAAUGGACCAGAGUUUGAGCAGAUGACAAAACAAAAACAGAAGAACAACCCAAGAUUCUCUUUUCUGUUUGGAGGGGAACAUUUUCAUUACUACCAAUACAAAGUAAACUCGGAAUCAGCCAAGUCAGUGGCUGAGACAGGUGGAUUCAGUGGCCCGCCAGCGAGUGAUGGUCCCCCUCAAACGCAGCCAUUUCCUGUCACACUUCCUGCUCUUCCACCUGAAGUACCUCCACCAUUCCUCGGCAACCCUGAUAUGCUUAAUCAGCAAAAGCAGAAGGUAGUUCAGCAGCAGGUCAUUAUCCAACAGGUGGUUACCCAGCAGGCCAUUCAGACAGCGCCAUGGCAACCCUCACAACAGCUCAGCCAGCAAAUCACAGCCUUGCAGCAACAGAUUGCCCAGCAUCAACAGGUGAUGGAGCAGCAAAUCAAACAGAGCGAACAAAAUCUGAAUGCCCAAUUCCAGAGUCUUACACAACAGCAACAGAGUCAGAUCGAGGACGCCAUUCUGAAGGUCAGGGAGGAAAACGUACAGGAACUAGCAGAUGAAUGCGAUAUAAAGGUGGAGGAAUUUGAUUCCAUGGUGCAGCCAAUCAUCGAGUCGUGUACCAAAGACGCAAUUAUGAAUGGUAAAAGCUGGAUUUUCCAAAAGUGCAACUCAGAAAAACACUGUAAUCUUUUAGGACAGUAUUUAUUACAAAGGAUAUGUGCCAAAGAUGCAAGGUUUGAGACUAAACUACACCUCAUCUACCUGAUAAACGACCUGCUUCACCACUGCCAAAGAAAGAAUGCAGACGACCUGAAGGAAAACCUAUCCAUUAUAGUGAUUCCUGUGUUCUGUACGGUCAGCUGUGGACUUGCAGAGGAUAAGAAAAAUAAACUCACUAAGUUAUUGAACCUCUGGCAACAGAACAAAUAUUUUGAUGUCGACACCUUGGAGAAACUGAGAGAACCAGCAGCCUCAUUGUCCGCAUACCAGGCAGCCCUGAUUACUGAUCAUGGAGACAUUGUACGUAUGGUCAGCAACAAUGUUCAGCAGCAGUACAGCUCGCUUCAGAAACAGCACCUGGACUUCACUUCCCAUCUCAACAGCCAGUCACAACAGAUGCAACAACAGCUACAGCAGCUGUUACAGCAACAGGUCCAGCAACAGCAGCAGGCUCAGCAACAGGCACAGCAACAGGCUGUUGCCGUGGUCGUCGCCCCAGGAACACAGCCCCUCACAUCACUUCCUGGGGUGCCAAUGCCAGGUGUUCCCCAGACAGUCAGUGUUGCUCCAGUCAUAUCAGCUGUUCAGGUGUCCUCACAGCCGCCCCUCUUGUCCACCUCCAUACCCUCGGGUAUGACCCCGGCCAGUGUGGUCACCUCCUCACUGCCCCCUACUUCCACAGGUCUGAUGACCACACCGCCCCCACAGAUCACCACGGUACAAUCAAUCCAGACUGGUCCGCCCCAACAACAGACGUCCAGGUUUAACCAGCCACCACCAGGAUUUGGAGCCCCGCCCCCUGGAUUUGUGGCCCCACCUCCUCAACAGUUUGACUUCUCUGGUGCACCCCAGGGAAUAGGUGGUGUUCCACAGGGAAUUACAGUGGCUCCCCCCGGGCUACCUAUUGCACCCCCAGUAAUACCCCAGGGUACAGGUUCCACUGCCCCUCCAGGAGCACCAACUGCCAUAGGAGCACCUCCAUUCCCUGCAAGCUUUCAAGCACCGCCCCCAGGACAGUUUGCACUCCCUGACUUUAGCAAACCUCCCCCAGGUUUCCCUUUACCCGGUCCACCUCCUGUGCUAGGGCCGCCUCCUGAGAUUGACCUCACCCCAUCAGUACCAUACUACGAGCUACCAGCUGGACUGAUGGCUCCGCUUAUAAAGCUAGAGGACCAUGAGUACAAGUCCCUGGACCCCAAGGAUAUCCGCUUGCCUCCCCCAAUGCCUCCGAGUGAGAGAUUGUUGGCUGCUGUUGAAGCGUUCUAUAGUCCUCCCAACCAUGACCGUCCUAGAGACAGUGAGGGUUGGGAGAAGCUUGGUCUGUACGAGUUCUUCAAGGCCAAACAACGGGCACGUCGACUGAAGGAGCAGGAGAGAGAAAGGAGAGGUCCCUCUCCUGAGGGGAGUUCAAGCUCUAGCUCAAGAUCACCAUCUCCUCAACCAUCACCACAGCAACCACAGCAACCACAGAACCAACCAGAUCGUUCAAAACGAAGGUCAAGGUCACCGUCCCCAGUCAAGUCUCGGUGGAGGUAUCACAGUGGAAACCAACAAAGCAGAUCUAGGUCGAGGUCCAGGUCACCUCCCCCUCCACAACAACAUCAGCAGAGAAUGCCAGUAAAACGGUCGGAGUCCCCCCUGCCGUACCUUCCUAGCAGUCGCUCCCCAUCCCCAGUCAAGGUUACACAACGACUGUCACGCAGCCCCACACCACCCCUAGGCACAUUCACUGACAACAAUACGGCAGACAGUUUUAUGAGGGUGGGCGGUCCAGCUCCGACACCUACAGAUUCCAAGCUUGGACUGGACAACAAAGGGCACCAGAUGCUCAUGAAAAUGGGAUGGGGAGGUCGAGGACUGGGUGCGGCCGAGCAGGGAAUUGUGAACCCCAUCGAGAGUGGUGAUGUACGUGACCGACAAGAUAUGUACAAAGGAAUAGGGAUUGACCUCAAAGAUCCGUUUGAACAGUUCCGAAAGAACAAGAGCCAUGGAUUCAUACAGAGGAUGAAGGCCAGAGAUGAGUCAAGAGAUCCAUCAUCUAAACCACCCAAAGAAGACUGAUGUCUAGAAAAUAAUUGAGGAAGGCAGCAGAGGAAAUAUAGACAAAUAUCGACAGAACUUACAUCAUUUCUCGAAAUUCAUUUGUUCUCAUGUCAUUAAAAAUAUCAUCU